UCACGCGCAUGCGUACUCACGUCUUCUGUAGAUAGCAGCAUCGCCCUGUGUGGAAUUUGUGAGUUGUUGUACAGGUUAUCGUCAGACAUAGGUGCUGUUACCAUGCUUAAUCCAUGUGUCUGUGUGUGCAAAAGAUGAUGAAGAAGAUAAGUUUCAAAGGUAUUAUAUUGUCAACGAACAGACGUUCCCGUGGAGAGUCUCCCAAGACCACUGAUGUUGGUCGCGAUAUUCGACAGAUCGAAAGUGUUGGAGGUGAGGAACGAGAAAUGCUGUGUGACUCACAUCAGGUUUUGUCACAACAGAAUCACGCAGACGAACAAACAACGAUAGAAGAUAUAAGCCAAAAGAGGAGAGACAAGAUUGGGCUUCUACGGAACUUGCGGCGUAAGUUGGCACCGUCCUUUCAUCGAAAGUCUGAGUCGAUCGAAGCUAAUCACAUAGAAGAGUGUCCGCAGCAUUCUCAAACUCUAUCAAAGACAGAGACAAGAAAAUCUAAACAGAGAAGCAAAUAUCUGUUCGGUUUGUGUGACAAAGCAGGGAAGCCAGGUUCAUUCUCACAGAGCUGCGACAGUCUGACUUCCAGUGUACAAAGCUACGUUUCUCCCAAGAUAACUGAAUGGCGUUCGAACACAGAUUCUUGUGACUAUGAUGGUCGAAAAGAAAAAUCCGGUUGCUGGACCAAAGACAUUUCGAAGUUCAGCCAAGAUGCAUGUGUGUUGCGCAGGGAGGAUCCACCACAAAGUGAUGAGUGUUGUGAUGCUCAGUCUAGCAAGAGUAGAGACAGAAGGGAGGCCAAUGCAGGCCACCCAGAUGUGUGUGACCUAGUUGAUGCAUUAGCGUUGGAAUUAGAUUCUACCCAGGAUCAGCCAAAAGUUUGGAGCCUCACACAUGAGCUUUUUCGACUGUCCAAAUUUGGUUGGUACUGGGGGCCUAUUACUCGCAAUGAAGCAGAAGAGAAGCUGGCUGAUCAACCAGAUGGCGCUUUCCUUGUGCGUGACAGUUCAGACGAACGAUAUUUGCUGAGCUUGAGCUUUAGAUCAUAUGGUCGUACACUGCACACGCGCAUUGAACACUGUAAUGGGAUGUUUAGCUUCUAUGCACAACCAGACACUGAAGGCUAUCCAUCCAUUGUGGAUUUAAUUGAACACUCAAUGAAUGACUCACAGACUGGCAUCUUUUGCUACUCUAGAUCUCGGUCCCCAGGUGCCCCUUCAUUCCCAGUCAGACUGACUAAACCAGUGUCUCGAUUCACCCAAGUGCGUUCUCUUCAAUAUCUUUGUCGCUUUGUUAUUCGACAGUAUACUCGCUACGAUCACAUUCAGCAUCUGCCACUGCCUACCACCUUGAAAGGAUGGAUUGAAGAGAAUCAGUACUGAAAAGACAAGACACAGUAUAAUAAUAGCUGUAAUAGAAAUGUGGUGUUCUCCACUGUUCUUAAAAGUAGCAUCUAUUACAGACUGGCACAAGAGUCAUGCACAAUUACCUAUGAUACCUAUGAGCUACAUGUAACAAAUUUAUGGCAUUCAGUUAUGUCUAGUAUAUGACAAAACUUGUAGACUACCAACAUGCUGAUUCCUGCAUAAAGUUGUUCACUGGACUUGCUUACAUGAAAAGACAUUAUAAUGUUUUUAAACUGGUCAGUUUUCAGAGCGUAAAAAUUAACCACUCUUUCUACCCUGGCCUCCACCACCACCACCAAGCCUAAUAUAAAGUGUUUUCUAUUACAGAAGCUUUUUCCAACAUGAUAAUAGUUUUAAACGUAUUUUCUUUUGCCAUAAAUACUAGCUAAUUACUAAUAGUGAUCCUCAUAUUUUAAACAAAUUUGAAAAUGUGACGGUGCUUACAGAGAGAUGCCAUAGGUAUUUUUUAGAUGUGUCCAGUUUCAUAUUCUAUUCUUUGAAAUACUGACAGCUGUAGCUUAGAGAUUAGCAAUUAUACCACCAGAGUAAGGUGAAGUGAUUGCCAUAGUUGUACACUUUCAGUGCCUGUCCUAUGUCCACAAACAAUAUUGUCUUUCUUCUUUUUGUCAUUGAUUUGACUGAUGUUUUUUGCAUGUCCCUUCAGUUCAAGGAGUGUUCUCUGCUAAAAACAGCAGCUUAAAAAGUCAGCAAUGCUGAUAGCUAUAUUAAGAACAGCAGUUGUUAUGCAAGUCAUGCAGUUUUCUACUUUAAUAUUGCUGCAAGCUUGUUAAAUGAAACAGUUGCUGUCAACUCGUGCAGUUUUCUAUUUGGAUGCUGCUACAUGCUUGUAGAAUGGAGAGGAGGUUGUGUAACAACUUAAAUAUGAUUUUAUUCACCGUAUUCAGGUAGUUUGUCUGCCAAACAUGUGUAAAAGGUUUGAAGUGUGUGUUUAUUUUAUGCAGUAUGCAUUGUUUUUUUGUAUAGAAAAUGAGUGCAACCUAGGUUGGUUUUAAGUACCAUGUACCUGUAAUGAAUUCACUUUUGUUGAGAAGUACUUCUUAUCAGAGCAUGAAAUGUUAGUUGAACAUGGAGAAACAUGACAAAAGAAUGCAGCCAUGUGUAAUUUUAAACAUGGAGAUGUAAUUUGGAUAUCAGUUAAGGUUGGUAAAAACAGAAAAACAGUUUUGCUCUGGAUAUGAAGCUGAACUAUAGAGGAAUAGGUCUGGAAUUACAUGCAUUUUUGUUUUGUUUUGUUUUUGUUUUAGACAGCUAUUUUGAUUUUACCAUGUUUGUUACUUGGUUAGAUUGCAUAGAUGUUGUAAACUAAGGCAGUUGCAAUUUGAUCUAGAGCUAAGUUCACAGUGGAGGUAAUAUUAGCAAUUUUUAAGCCAGGUAAAACAUCUAGCCAUAUAUUUUAGUAGUGGUAAAUUAAGAUCAGUCCCAAAAUUAAUGCCAAAGUUUAAAUCUUUUCAUGGUUGAACAUUCACAUAACUAGGAUACGUAGUUAUCUCCAUUUUGCUUUAUCCCCGCAGGAUAGAAAACAAUGUAGCAAUAGUUUUUAUCUCUAAGUGAUCCUAUUAUCUUUGGUGUGUAAUUACAUCCCUAAAACAAAGUUAUUUUGUCUCUUUGAAUUGCAUUCAAGGUCUUGAAUUUCACUUUUGCUGUUGUUACAGAUGUGGCCAGUGUCUAUGUUUCCCAAUUACUAGCUGACUCUUUUAACCCAAGCGUUAUGGGUAUUGAAGAAAUGGUAUUUCUCAAAUACUCAUGAAGUUAUCCUUGCAAAGGUCAUAGUGUCUUUCAAGCACUGUAGCUACAGCAAAGUGCACCUUUCUAUACAAACUGAAGAAGUCUUCUGUUCAAAAGUUAAGCAUGCAAGUGAUGUCAUAUUUUAUAUUUUUAUUUUUGUGUCAUUUUUUAAUUUUUUUUAUGGGAAUGGGAUAGCUGGUAUGGCAGGUGGUGGACCAGGAGGAGAGUGAAAACUUCAGAGAGUUUAAGACAGAGCUGUCUCCAUAGGCCUAUGUGUUCAGGGUGCUUUUAGGAUGCAAGUUUCUUGUAUAUAGUGGACAUUUUGUAUAAUAUUAAUGAUUCUGAAUUGCUUAUAUGCCUGAAGCCAAGAAUUUUUUUUUUACUUAACAAUUAUGUGAACAUUACUGAAAGCAUGAUUUAACAUAUUAUUUUCAUUAUGGUUGAACAUAUAUGCAAUAUUUAGGGACAGUGUGAAGAAACAAUGCAAGGUGUGUAUGGUUUGACAAGCUGAUGCAUGUAGCUGUUAAAUGAGUUUGGGUGUGAAUGUUGGUAAUUUGCUUAAAAUAUGCAUAUUUGUAUAUUUCUUAGUGAAUGUGAGUGCACGGGCAUGGAGUACACUUUAGCACAAUUGACUGGUUAAGUGGGUCUGAAUUUUGUCAAUGCAAAGGUGGUUUUUUUUUUAUCAGAUUAAUUGGAUUCUUUUUGAAUUUCUGGCUACAGUUUCCAAUCUGUUGGAAAUUUAUUUUCAGAAAAAUCAUCUUCGCUUUUUAAAUAUAUAAUUUUUUUUUAAACUAACAGAUGUGAAGAACAGAACUCCGAAGACAGUUUACAAUUGUUUGUGAUGUCAUGACUUUAAAUGAAGUCUGUCAAUAGCAGGGAAGACCAAGGCAAGAGAUUACAUUUAUAUUUAAAAGGCUUUCUUCUCUUUUUUAAUAUUUUGUAGACAGCAAAUAAAGAAACUUUGCAUAGGAUGUCAAGUCCUUAUGAUGUAACAGGUUAUGCACCAGUAAAAUUUUAAAAGUGGCCUUUUGUCAUAAAAAAUUUAGAUGUGUCAUAUAGGGCAUUCUCUAGGGUUUUUUUGUGUAUUUUCAUAUGUUUAUACUUUUGUACAUCUGGAAGUGUUUUAUUAUCAUCUGAGAGCCACACAAGCAGAAAAAGUGUUAUAAUUGCAUAUGAGUGGCCACAUGUUCCCAUAUGAAUGGGAACUAUAUUAGAAAUGAGAAAUGUGAUGAAUUUACUUUCUACUUUCACACCUGAGUCAGUGCCUGCAUUGUAUUAGUAGGAUUGUUGUCAAAUUUUGUAUUUCACAGAAAUUGAAAUGGAAAUAUUUUAAGUUCAAACAAGGUUUGGGAGAAGAGACAUUUUAAGGUGGCUUAUCAGAUGAACAAGGAAAUGCUGAGGAUGAGGGUUGUGGAUACUACAGUUAACAAGCAUUUUGCUUUUUUGAACCCAGGAGAGUUAGGCUUUGAUUCCAGCAGAAGGUUGGCUUUUAUUGCUUAGUGCUCUUAGCUGAUGCCUGCCUGAAAGUCUAGUGGGUGGAGAAAAGUCCGUCCUUUUGCAUUAGCUAUUAAUAUUUAGUUAAGGCCAGUUUAAGCCUCACCAUUGCCCAACCUCAAAUGUAUUCAGUGGUCAGUUUGCUUGUAAACAUUUUAGCCUGUUGAACUGUAGCAAAGUACUUCUGUUUUAAAACCUACUCUUAGUAUAUUUCAAAUUUGAAAUCAAGAAUAAUUUGAUAAAAUAAUAUAGAUGUUCCAUAGCAAUUUUUUCCUCAUUUUUUGGAAAACUGUUAAUGGUUAUUGUCUUAAAUAUUGUUUAAUCAAAACUAUGCAUUAGCAUAUUUUUUAAAGCAUGUCAGUUAGAUAAUUUAGAGCAAACUUUAAAACUUGGCUGGAAAUCUAGCUAAGGUUUUAAUAAUUUGCAAUAACAGAAACAAUAAUGUACAAUAAUAUUGCACAUCUACUUAACACCUAAAGCUGAAGAUUUGCAACAAGCAUUGCAUCAGAGGCCUGGUGUUAAAGGGAGUAAUUUUUCCCACAGGUAGAAACAGUGCCCAGCAAAGAUGACCCUCUUUCUUCCCUUCAGUUUAUAUUUACUUUAUGAUAAUACAUGUUUCAGACAUGAGCCCUCUUACCUGUUCACAUAGCAGAUUGUGUGAAGAAAAAGGAUUUAAUAUUUCAAGUCCUUUCCACUGUCAUUAUGCAAACUAUGUAAAAUGAGAGUUUAGUGUUUCAGUUCUUCGUUCUCUUUCUCAAAUUUUUCAUGGCAAGGGUUCCGUCCGAAUCAGCACCUAUCCCUUUUGACCUGAUUUCUUUGUGAAUGUUCAUCUGCAUCAUGACAUGAGUGAAGCCCUGCAUCAGCAGGAGCUUCUGGAGGGCAGUUGCUGAAGAGUUGUGGGUACACAUGCUGCAGAUGUCAUCUUUCUGAAAUGCAAAGAUAGUGUUUAAUUUGUCUUCUACACGAAUAUGUUCAUCAUCUAAAGGCAGCUUAGGGCAUUUGUCAUAUCUAAUUCCUUUCGCAUGGCUGUUAAAUAUGCAAUAUGUAAUAGAAUUUUUAUGGUCUUCUUCCUCUUGAAACGCCUUUUCAUCUUGUUAAGUGAUUCAUCUGUAACUUUGAUCUUGUGUCCGGCUUGACUUGUGUACUAUGUGAAGUAUUUUGAUACAUCAGAAAUUCUUGGUCUUGUGUUUGACUUGACCCGUGUACCAUGAGUUAUUGUGGUACACUAGAGGCCUUUUGUGGUCUUGUGUUAAACUCGUGUACUUUACCGGGAGUUACUAUACAUCAGAAAUUUGUUGUCUUGUGUCAAAUUUAUGUACCACAUGAGCGGUUAUUAUACUUCAGACACCUGUUGUUGUGUUUCUAACUUUGGUUCAUGUCCCGUGGUUAAAGCUCUGUCCUGGUCUUAGUGUUUCAAACUUGACUGAUGUAUAACAUGAGUUAUUCUGGUGUGUCACAAACCUGUGUGUCAAGCUCAACUGUUGUGUACUGCAUGAAUGAUUUUAAUGUGUAAGAAACCCCUGGUCUUGUGUCAAGCAAAUAUAAAUGAUGUAAGGAUUUUGAUACAUCUAAAAUCUUUAGGCUUAUGUCAGGGUCAGAACUUGUAUUCCAUAUGAGAAAAUAUGUGGUGCAUGCUCUUCUACUUUGGCUUGUGGAUUUGUUAUUUAAAGAAAAGAUUUGUACAGAUCUUUCCUCUUGUGACUUGGUUCUUUGUUUUGUUUUUUGCUGGAAGUUGCUGGGUAUGUCAUCUUCAGGCACAAGAACAAAGCACGUGUGCCUCACUCUUUGUUAGUUGUACAAGGACUUAACUCUGUUAGCUGGUUAUGUGGAGAAUAAGGGACAAAUCCCCAAGAGAGCAACAGACCAGCACAAUGUUUACUCUAUUGCCCAACAGAAGUACAAAGGUUAAAUUUUCUGGCUAGCAAAAGGUGUUGUGCUUGGCAUACAGACAAUAUGUGGGUUUUAUUGUUUAUUUUUGCUUUAAAGACAAUAUCAGCUGCUUUACCUUUUUCUAUAAAGUCUUGUGAAGAAUGUAUAAAAUAUGCCCUUGGAGGAGAGUGAUUCCCAUGCUAUAACUAUAUUUGAAUUUUGAUAGGGUAAGGAGCAUAGUACAAUGCAGUCCAGAUGAUGAUACUCUGACAUUCGUUGAAAGUUUUAAGAUUUUUAGAAAUCCAUUAAAACUCUUUUAAACUUGCAUUCUGAAACAGUUGACAAGUCUUAUCAUAAAUGUUACUAAUGUAUCUGAGUAGUUCAGUCUUGGUGUUUUUAGCCAGUCAAAAUGAUCCUGCAUAUGUCCCCAUGUUGCAAGAUGUUAGAGGUCUGAAGACAUAUCUAAUUGCCUGUUGCCUUUCAGUUUUGAUGCCAAGAUUUGUGAGAUGCCUUUGAGAGAGUUUCAAUCCCGUUUAUUGCUUAGGUGCCUAAAGUGUAUGCAGUUUUUGUGGGUAUUUUAGUGCUUUGGUGGCUUGCUUCUGCAUUUAGGUCCAUCAUGCUCUGCUUAAAAAUUGUAAGGAUAUCUUCAAAUUAAAUAAUGCAAAAAUAAUUUUAGAUAGUAUAGAUAAUAGAGGUAUUAUUGGGACAAGAUGUUGGGGACACAGAUGUUCCUUUUAAGGGGAAGGGGAAAUGACUGUCGACAUCAUUGGAUUAUUAGUGUACUUGAUGAAACCUAACAACUCUCAUAGUUUCUUCUCAUCCCAACUGUUGUUAGCAAGGGGAUCCCAAUGUCUCUACUCCAGACAGAUGGGCAGCUUACAGUUCUUUGCUUUGCCUUAUCUCUUAAUAACAGCCAAUUAGACAUUUAAUUUAAAAAAAUCUGAGUAACAGUUUUAUAAGAAUCUUACAGCCUUCAGACACUAGUGGCAAUUUACACAAACACAAUGCCUUUAAUCUUUUAUAAGGUGGACUGAAAAACUUUCACCAUGGUGCCAUCAGGAUAUUACAAAAGAAUAAACACAUCUGGAGAGUGGGAGAAAAAAGUUUUUGUCAUCAAUACAAAAGGAGGUGCCCAGAAAUUAAGCAUUUUUUCAACAUAGAUUAUUUGUAUGUCUCACUGGUUCAGUUCAGUGAGGUGAUGCAGUGGCAUGUAAAUUUGCAAUUAGUUGGGUAACAAAAGGGAGUAUCUUGUACAAAGUCAAUUAACAACAUCUUUUCAGCCUAAAACAUUAAAAACAUCUUUUCAGCCUAAGAAGUAGAAAGAAAAUUUUGACAGGAAAAUAGAUUAGUGAUACCCAAGAGAGGGAGAGACUGGCACACGAUGUUGUCUUUUAAGCAUCAUAAUAUACUUCUAAUAAAGUGGGUUGUGAGCAUGAAAUACAGUAUUAACUGGUUGCCCCAUAUUCUAAACCCCGACAUUUACAUGUAAUUGGAUUAAGAUUUGACACCUUUUGCAAAGUAUUACUGUUACAAUCAUAACAUUUUUAUUUUCAGACAUUUUUCCCUGUAAAGUGAAGAUGAAAACAGUGUUAGCUGUAGGUGUAUUCUCCCCCCCCCCCACUUUUUUUUUUAACUCUCCUGACAUUUUUGGUACCUGAGUUACAAAUGGCUAGCAGUAACAUGGUGAAUGACAGUGAUGAGACAAACAGUACCAGUCACGCAAGUGUAUUUGGACAGUAAAGACACUUGAUCAACAACAGGCUUCUUAACUCUGUAACAAUAAAUAGCUUAACUUUAGUUUGGAUAUUCACAGAUGAAAAUCACAUCUUAUUUUGGGCAUCCUUGAGAGCACCUCUGAAGCUGUAUUUAGCAAGAUAUGAAUGUCUAGUUGUUUUUUCUUGUAAUUUAUUUUGUUCUAUGAAAUGUAUGUGGAGUAUUGCUAAAGUCUCCAUUUAAAUCAUGGCUCUUUAAAAAUGUUUUUAAUCUGAUUGCAGGGCCAACAAAAGUUUCCAAGUUAAAUAACGUGUGUAUGUGAACAGGAACUGGUGAAGGAGAGGAGCUGUGUGCUAAACGCCCGUGCUUAUAUUCAGAAGCUCUUGAGUUUCAAAUAGUUGGGGGCUGUUUCUGGCUGUAUGGUGUUAGUUUAUAUGGGAUAGGUCUCAUGCCAGUUACAAUUGUCUCAACAUGAUAGUUUUGUGAAUUCAUUUUUCCUUGUCCUGCGUCUUUCCAUCAGCUCUGUGUUGUGUUCCCUCUUUUCUCUCACUCCAGCACAUGUGAGAGGAUCAUAUAUGAUGACAAGCUUUUCACAUAUGAGCUUGUAGUUCAUUUUUCAAUUUUGUUUGAGAUUUCAACAGGAGUGCUGUGCAAUUUUUUUCUUAAGGGUUCUGUAAUUUAAUUUUAAGAAAUUUGUUUUGAAUAUCAGAGAUCAAUCUAUGCUAUAUUUUUGGCAAAAAUUGCAUUCUUAUAAUAACUAAAUUGACAGUUCCCAUCAACUCUUAAAGUUUAUUUUCUUAUAGCUGAAACACUUCAUUUUUGUCCUUUGUCCAAAUUGAAAAUCUGAAAGCUGCCAAAAUGUUUCUACAUGCAGACAAAUUAAAAUUAUAAAAUACAUUAAAUUUGUAUUGUAUUCAUUGGAUAAAAGCAAAAUAGAAGAUGUUAACCUUGUAAUCUUUUUGAGCAUAAGAACAUCUCUUCCAUCCAUUCAAUUGAAAGUCUUUUGCUCUCAUUUACUGGGACUCCACUGUGAUGCAUCAGCCUCGCUUUUUCUUUUUUUCUUUUUUUUUUUUGAAAGGGUUAUGGUGUCAUGUUUGCCAGUGGCCCUAUAAAAUGGGCUGAGAGGAUUAUUGUUUUGAUACAAUAUAUGUUGUGAAUGAAGCUGAAUACUUGGAAGAAGAAAUAUGUAGAGCUAUAAAUUGUUCUUUACUGAGCAGAUCUAGAAUUACAACUGCAUCUUUGGUCACUAGGAAGUCCAAUGAUUCUUGAGUUAAAAUGAAAUGGCUUACAGUUUUUUUUCCAUGUCUGGAAUUUUACUUUGGUAAUUUAAGGUGCCUGAUUAAUAAACACAGGUAGCUGCUAACUUGUGGUUCUAAUGACAAAGAUCACAUUUCAUGAAGGUUUGUGAGCAAUAUAGGGUAUGAUGGCUUUCCUAUCUUAAAUAAAAUAAAACAAUUUAGCAAGCAAACAUAAUUUUGAAAGCAUAAACAAAGUGUCAGUUGAAAGAGUGCAUAAGACAUAAACAUGUGCUCACAUAUUUUACAGAUCAUUACAAAUUCAUGGAGACUAAAGUAUAAAUGUUUUAUUAUUUGUGACCUAUCAAGGCCCUUUUUAAAAAAAAAUCAAAUUAGGGAAUAAUGAGUAUUUUCUUAUUUUUACAAAGCUUUUAUUGCACCCAAAUUUUCAAAAACUAUAUUAAGAUCUGUCCCACAUUCCUGGAAGUUUUGUGAUCUUGGCCAUCUGGUUUUAUCUCUGCCAUUUCAGCAUGAUUGAUUUUCUUGCAAACAGUGAUGCCUUAAUGUUUUGCAAACUGUUGUACAUUUUCUAAAAGAAGUGACAAUUGGUGUCAUCACAUCUAGAGGCAGUUUAUUCUGACAUUUUCAUAAAUUUGCAGAGGGCAGGGGACACGAUGAUUAGUCCUGCCCCUUUCUAUUAUUGACAUACUUAAGCAGCUGCACUGUAGUCUUGCAAUAAUUAGUAUGCUUUUGAGUACUGAUUAUGUCAGUCAGUUUAAACCUUUCCCAAAUAAACCAGAACUACCAUGUGAACUUGAAAA